AUGGACACUAUGGCUUCAACAAGUUGCAACCAGUCAUCAGAUGAUGAUGACCAUCUUUCCGAAAUAUGCGAUGAAUUCUAUGACCCAACGAAAAUGCAGUUAAAACAAGGAUAUUUUCGUCGAAAAUGGCGAAAGGCUAAAACCUCCUUAUUAUCUAUGUGUAUGUCUAAAUAUAGAAAAUGCUUAACGAAGAUGAAAAAGUGCAUACGAACUGACACAGAGAUUGAUCAUGAUCGUCGAAAAAGUUCAGCAAAGCUGCAACCUUUGCCAGAUCGCCCAAUCAGACGUGUUGCUUCGAAAUUAAAACGAAGACCUACAGAUGAACUUAACAAGCUUCGCAAAAAAGGAGAAGACUGGACAGCCAAUGAUCUUUUCCGUUUCCAAUACAGUGAUCCAGAAGCAGGUACUCCGGAAGAACGUCGUCAGCUCUGCUACGAAUGGCUCGACAGAUUACAUGAUAUUUCAAAGAAAUAUUGUUAUUUGGCCUGGUAUGAAGCUGCAAUAUAUGCAUGUUAUUAUCGAUUAGCCCCAAUAUUAACUGAUAUGAACGAGAAAAAAUCCAUCUGGAGAGAUGUUAGGCAGGAGUAUGCAGAAAUCUUCUUAAUGGGUCGUAGAAUCUGGAGAAGACCCAUUCAUCCAUCUCGUCUACGCGUCUUCUAUGACAUGGCUAUGCUUUGCGUUCGUUUCGGAGAAGUUGAAAUGGACAAAACAAUUCCAAUGUUCCGUGAUUUGCUCGAUGAUGCAACGAACUUCGAUUUCAAGGUGCUUAAUGAGGUCGAAUUUGCAAAGUCCAUAGACAAGGUCACAAGGCUUGAGAACUUUGUAAUAGACGAAUUUUAUCCUCGUCGAAGGUCCUCUGGAUCAGUUCGAACAAGCUUCCGAUCACGUAGGAACACGGAUAGAAGUCCAUCUCGUCGGAGUCAAACAGAUGAGGACACUUUCGUCGACGCUAAAUCAUCUAUAUCUGGUAUCCCGGGCUUGAGAGAUGAAUCUGAUACCGAUAUUGAUUGCAUUGAAGAAAAGAUGAAUCUAGUUAACUUGACUUCAUCAGAUGCAACCGUUUCUCCAAAAGUUGAGCAAAAAUCACCGGAAUUAAAACAAGCUGUACGAAGCAGUUCCAUUCUGUCUUUGUGGUCUGAAGUUGACUCCAUGAAAUCUGCUUCCGAAGAGCCCUUAGUAGAAAAAAACUCUCCGCGUCAAAGGAAAGGAGCUUCUAUGUCGCCAAAAACGGAACAUCGUUCCUUGAACAUCCCAAAAAUAGUCAUCAACGCUCCCAGUCGAGCCAACAGUAUGCGUUCAGGAUCCCCUCGCUUAAAUGUGAGAUUUGAGGAAAAGGAACCUCUAAUACAGUAG